AUGGCUGUUCCCACACAGUUGGCUUACCGCUCCGCCAAGGGCAUCGGGAUCUUCAACGCUGCUCCAGUGUAUGAGGCUCUUCCAGGAUUCGUACGACCCGAAGGCAACCUUCGCUGCUGCUGCUACUCGCCCGAUAGCAAGUACUUCGCAUGGGCAACACCUGAACAGGUUUCGGUGAUCGACGCCUCAGUCGGCAACGUCAUUACCACACUCCCCACACCGAACGUUUACGAGCUCGGCUUCUCCCCGCUCGGCACAUACCUCAUCACAUGGCAGCGCCCAUCCAAGGACGAAGACGGGAACGCGGCGAAGAACCUCCGGGUCUGGAAGACGCUCUCCGACGAAGCUGAAGAUGACGGAUCACGGGCAGUCAUCGGCGAAUACGUUCAGAAGAACCAGAGUGGCUGGAACUUGCAGUACUCGUCCGACGAGAAGUACUGUGCGCGCGUUGUAACAAACGAGGUGCAGUUCUUCCAGUCGAGCGACUUGCGCAACCCUUGGAACAAACUCCGCGUGGAGGGAGUGACCGACAUGGCGCUCGCCCCAGGCAAGAAUCAUUCAGUUGCCGUUUUUGUUCCGGAGCGCAAGGGUAUGCCCGCUGCUGUCAAGGUCUUCCAGGUCCCUCAAUUCAGCCAGCCGGUAUCCCAGAAGACUUUCUUCAAGGGCGACAAGGUCCAGCUGAAGUGGAACGAUCUCGGUACCAGCUUGAUUGUCCUAGCCCAAACUGAGGUCGACAAGACGAACAAGAGCUACUACGGCGAGACCAACAUGUACAUUCUUAGCGCCAACGGCACCUUCGACUCGCGCAUCCAGCUAGACAAGGAGGGUCCUAUUCACGACGUCUCCUGGUCGCCGAACUCGAAGGAGUUCGGUGUCACCUAUGGCUACAUGCCCGCAAAGACUACCAUCUUCAACCAGCGCGCGGUCGCACAACACAGUUUCGACCUAGGCCCACGCAACACUAUCCUUUUCAGUCCACACGGUCGCUUCGUCAUCGUCGCCGGUUUUGGUAAUCUAGCUGGAGAUAUGGACAUCUACGAUCUUGAGAAGAACUUCGCCAAGGUCUGCCACGUCAAGACCUCCAACUCGACCUAUUGCGCAUGGAGUCCGGAUGGGCAGCAUAUUCUUACGGCUACUACUAGCCCGCGUCUUCGUGUUGACAACGGUGUUCGCAUCUACCACGUCAGCGGGGGCCUCAUGUACAAUGAGGACAUGGCCGAACUCUACCACGUCGUUUGGCGCCCUCAGCCAAUCUCGAUGUACCCUCUGACCGACCCCUUGACCAACGUACCGGCACCGCAUCCGUCUGCGCUCGCCUACCUCAGCACCCAGAAGACACCGUCCAAGCCUGCGGGUGCCUACCGUCCCCCCGGAGCGCGCGGAACCGCUACACCCCUACACUUUAAGCGUGAAGAUGAAGGAGGCGCAGCUUAUGCCAACACCGGUAUCUCUUCCACGAACGUCGGCUUCGCCAAUGGAUUUGGCAAGCCGCGUCGCCGUGAGGUACCAGGAGCAGAAGCUGCUGAGACCCUUCCACCGGGCGCUGCUCCCGGCGGCGGUGUUAGUCUUACCGGCGCUCAAGAUGGCGAUGGAGAGCUCUCGAAGGCGGCUUUGAAGAACAAGAAGAAGCGAGAGGCCAAGAAGGCUCGCGAGGCCGCUGACAAGGCUGCUGGACUAGGCGCUGACGGUGCCAAUGUACCCAACGGAGCUGGACGUAGCCCAGAACGUCGCCAGCGCAGUCGCAGCAAGAGCGGAUAUGAGCAGCAAGGACGAAGCGCCAGCCAGCACCGCAACUUUGGCAACAGCCCAAACCGUCAAGCUCGUCCGGACGGUAACCAGCGCCAGAACCCUGCGCAGCAGCGUCAGCAAGCUCCAGCUCAGGCUCAGGCCCCUCCUCCGAUCCAGACCGAGAGCCAGGGUCCUCCCCCUGACCUCACCGUCACCAGCCCUGGUGACGGCGGCAACCCUCAGGACAAGAAGAUCAGGGGUUUGCUGAAGAAGAUGCGCGCCAUCGAUGAGCUGAAGAUGCGUCAAGCCGGCGGAGAGAAACUAGAGGACACCCAGGUCAAGAAGAUCAGCACCGAGAAGCAGAUCAAGAAGGAACUAGACGCCUUGGGCUAUAGCGGUUAG